AUGGACAAUAAAGUGCUGGGUAUUUUAGGUGGCGGGCAAUUAGGACGCAUGACCGUUGAGGCAGCGAACCGUCUUAAUGUCCGAACAAUUAUUCUUGAUGCCGAGGGAGCACCUGCCAAGCAGAUUAAUGCCGGCGAGCACGUCACUGGUAAAUUUUCCGACCCCAAGGGCAUUGCCGAGCUGGCUGAAAAGGCUGAUGUCGUCACAAUUGAAAUUGAACAUGUCGAUACCGAUGCCCUCAAGAAGGUCACCAAGCCUGUUGCCCCAGCGGCUGAAACUAUCGCCAUUAUCCAGGACAAGUAUCUGCAGAAGCUUCACUUGGCAAAGCACGGCGUAGACACUGCUUAUUCUGAAGCCCUGGACUCCAAUGCCGAGUCUUUAGCCGCCUUUGGUGCCAAGCAGGGCUUCCCCUUCAUGCUCAAGUCUCGUCGUGACGCCUACGACGGAAGAGGUAAUUUUGUCGUCAAGGACCAGGCCAGUAUUCUGGAGGCUCUGGCUACUCUGUCUAACCGUGCGCUUUACGGAGAGAAAUGGGCUCCUUUCACUAAAGAACUUGCCGUUAUGGUCGUUCGCAGCAACAGCGGUGAGGUUUUCGCCUAUCCUACUGUUGAGACAAUCCACAAAAACAAUAUUUGUCACUUAGUAUUUGCUCCAGCCCAGGUCGCAGGCCCUAUUUUGAAGGCUGCACAGCUAUUGGCAAAAAAUGCAGUUGCUUCUUUUAAAGGUGCAGGUAUUUUUGGUGUCGAAAUGUUCCUGUUGCCCUCAGGUGAGCUGCUAAUCAACGAAAUUGCUCCUCGCCCGCACAACUCAGGACAUUACACUCAGGAUGCUUGUGUCACCAGUCAAUUCGAAGCACACGUUCGUGCUUGUCUUGAUCUCCCUAUGCCUGAGGGUUUCACGGAGCUCACUACCACAACCACCCACGCUAUCAUGUUGAACGUUUUGGGCGGCGAAGUCUUCAAUUCCGAACUUGAAGAUUGCCGCAGAGCACUGGAAACACCCGGCUGUGCUGUUCACCUCUACGGCAAGGAGUCUCGCCCCAACCGCAAGGUCGGACACAUCAAUAUUGUUGGCAACUCGAUGGCGGAGUGCUUGACUAAACUGGCAAUUGUCCAAGGUAAGGAACCCUCCACCGCAUUGGCUCCUCGUGUGGGCGUCAUUAUGGGAUCGGACAGUGAUUUGCCGGUCAUGAAGGCUGCCUGCAAGGUCCUUGAGGACUUUGGUGUUCCUUUCGAAGUCAGCAUCGUGUCCGCGCAUCGCACCCCCGCUAAAAUGGUUGAAUACGCGGAAACCGCUGAAAGCCGCGGUUUGCAAGCUAUCAUUGCUGGUGCUGGUGGUGCCGCACAUUUGCCUGGUAUGGUCGCCGCCUCUACUAUCUUGCCCGUUAUUGGUGUGCCGGUCAAAGGCUCGACUCUGGACGGUGUUGACUCUUUGCACUCUAUCGUUCAAAUGCCUCGUGGUGUUCCUGUUGCCACCGUUGCUAUUAACAAUGCUAUGAAUGCUGGCCUUCUUGCUGUCCGUAUCCUUGGCUCCUCAGAUGCAAGUCUCCGCGGCAAGCUGCAAGAGUUCGCCGACCAGCAACGCGAAGAGGUUUACGCCAAAGAUGAGCAUCUCCGCAAAGUCGGCCAUGCCGAAUACAAGUGGCCUCUCGCAUAA